AUGAAGGGUGCUGUUCUCUCCGUCCUGGCCAGCGGCGCCGCUGCUCAGAUCACAUCGAUGCCUUUUGCUGCCCUCGGUUUGGGUCCCCAUGUCUUCCAGAACAACGCCAUCAACCCUACCGACCCCGAAUACUCGACCUGCCAGCAAGCUGUAGGAAUUGUCCAGGACUGUGUUUCUUCUGUUGGUGGUCUCGACGCUGCUGCGACUGCUGAUCCUUCAGCCCUCGUUGCUUGCGCAUGCUGUGAUGGAAGCAGUAACGCUGCUCCUCUUUACUCUGUCUGCUCCAACUACCUCGAGGAUGAGGCUCCUGAGAACACCUCUCAAUACGAAGCUUAUGGCACUCUGUACAGCGCUUGCAGAUUGAACGCCAAAUGUACCGGUGGCUCUGGUGGUUCUGGCGGUUCUGGUGGUUCUGCCAGCGGUAGCCGUCCUACAGCAACUUCAGAUGAUGAAGAUCUCUCCACCAUUACUUCCGCUACCAGCCCUGCUGAGCAGACAUACGCUGCAGCCUGUUUGUACAUGCUCGAUAUCUUCACUUCAUGCACAGCUGAGGAUCGCCAGUUUACUGAGCUUCCUCCCAGAGAGCAGGCCGAGUGCUACUGCUGCCGUGGCUCUGGCUCCCGCCGAACCUGGACCGAUGAGCUCGACAAGUAUGCUUCCACUUGCGCUGACUGGGCCCGAACUGGCGAGCCCAAGACAGCCUACUCUGUCGCCAAGAACCUUGCUACUUUCUGCGACCGCUUCGACGACGUUUGCUCCCCCUCUGUUACCCGCACUCAAGACUCUGGGUCCAGCGAGACCGACGAGGCCAACACCACCGAGGACUCCGGCUCUCGCCAGACUGGAGCCUCUGGCGACGAUGCCUCCACUAGCGAGCAGAACAAUGAACCCGUCACAGUCACAGUUCCUGCUCAGCCUUCCAGCACCGACAGCGGUAACAGUGCUUCUUCCGCCCGUGUCGGCUUCGGCGCUGUCCUCGCUGCCGUUGCUGCUCUGGCUAUUGCUCUGUAA